AUGCGUGCAGACGGACUUCAAUUCUCGAGGGACACCACGUUGCGGAGCCUGCAAACCGAUGUUCUUGAACAGGAUGAUCUAGCCCCCCAAACAGAUCCUCAGCGCCUGGAUCUCCAGGCUGUCGACAGACCGCGAGAAUCCGUUGCCGGACCUGGUCGCGGCGGCAUUCGUCGAAAUCGGCAAGAAGGCGACUUGUCUCCAGGGAGUCGCGGGCUCGCUUUCCCCGUAGGCGAUCACUUGCCGCCCUCAGCUUCUGCGCGACUCUAUUCAGCCCUCCUGGAGAAUGACUCGCGGCUGCUCGAGCGGAAGAGCCUCCAUUUGAAAGAGCUUCUCGCUGAAAAGGCCAAUCUCUUGCAGCAGGCGCGCGCAGACUUGUGCCAGCAUGCAGGGACACAGAGCAACGAAUUCCGAGAGAUCCUCCAUCUGAAGGCGGCCCUGGAACGGCGGCGCGAAGAGCUGGCCGAGAAGGACGCGCGUCUGCGAGAGCUGGGGAAGGAAAACGAAGAACUCUCUGGGAAACUGGAGGCCUCCCGACGAGCCGCCCUCAGUCGCGAGGAAGAUUUCAAGCGCCUGGAAAGACGCAGUGAAGAGGAAUUCCGCCAGUCCGCGGAAACCCGCUUCCGACUGCAGAAAGAAUGCGCGUUUUUCCAGACGGAGCUGGACCGCCUGCGCGCCGCGUACUCGGAGUUGAAGAAACGGGACGAGACGAUGGAGGAGCGCAAGGAGGAGCGAGACAGCGAAAUGUUUCGUCUCGAGAGUUUGUUGCAGACGACGCGCACCGACCUCAAUGUCACCGCGACGCGUCUGUUUGAAGUUCAGGAUCAGCUGCGUGCGUCUCGGCAGUACAUUUGUUACUUGGAGCGCCUGAUCCGCGAACUGCGUUUCUUUGUCGUGUACCAUUUGGAGCCCGAAACGCUCAAACAGAGCACCGUCGCUGCUCAAAGAUUGCCGCCCGCGCCCGCACCGCGCGCCUUGGAAGGUCCGGAGAAAGGACUGCCUCAGGACGGCGGCGGCGUGGACGCGCGCUGGAACCCCGAGGCGCUGGAGGCCAGCGGGGCUGGGCGGGCCGGCGGGCAUGCCGAGCAGCGGCGCGGUUGGCCGCAGCUAGCGGAGGGAUCUGACCAGGAAGGAAAGAAACCUGACGUCCUUGCACACCAGUUGACCUCGCAAGUCGUCUGCAGUGCACUGCUACCCCGCGCCGCGUCGCGCGCGCGAGAGAAGAACGCCAAAGGCGACUGCCUGAGCCGAGAGGGUGACCGAGAGGACGGCCCAGCCCACUCCACAGAUCUGGUUCUGCGGCAGGCCUCUCCGGGAGACGGCGAUUGGGAAACUUCGAGGCGGUUUUUCGCGUCUGCAGAGGCGCCUUUGGGUUCGGACUCGGAGCGCAGCGAAGCGGCACGCGGCAAAGACGCGCGAAGGCCUGCCUGUGUCGGUUCUGCUUCCGGCGCCGUUCCGCAGGAUCUCGCGCGUUUCCAGAACUUGAAGCUUCCAGAGCUGACGAGAAAACGGUUUGAACUGGAGCAUCUCGAGCUCCGCUUAGACGCUGGACGCCAGGCGGUCGAGGCGGCGCUCCGAGACACCGUGGGAGACGUCACCGUCUUGGAAGAGGACCGCGUGUUUCCCCACGCCGCGGCUUUUCUUCGGCGAGGAGCUCGGCCCUACGACCCCCGAGGCAGCGGCCGCCAGGCGGACGGGGAAACCGGGAACCCGCUCAGGCUCAACAGUUUCGACGGGUCUUGCAUGCAGUUUGACGAAGACGCGCUUGAGAACUUUGCGGCCUUUCCACAAAGAAGAGAAGCCGCGGAGAUGGGGCGCGUGGCAAUGUGGAGCGAGGGUGGCGAGCUCAGCGGCGCCUUGGGAGGAAGACCCGGCAGAGGCCUGGAGCGCAGCCACGGUCGAUCCUGGGGUGUCGUUGAGAGCUGUCAUCCCUUGGACAGUGAGGUGAGGCCGGCGCAGGCUCGCACACGGCGGGAAGGCGCGACGAAGGCAGAUCCAGCUCUGGCGUACCUCAACCAACUUAUUCUUCGUGCCCAGGAAGACAUCAAGGGAGGCCAACGCGGGCCUUCCGCCCACCUGUCGCGUCCGCGUCUCUCGCCGCGGGACCGUCCUGGUGUGGAGUCUCCUCGCUCUUUGCGUCUCAAACUCGAGGCGUCCUCUGAGCCGGAUCUGUUCGGAUGCGAACAGGCUUCUAGCCGGUCUGCUCCCUUAUCGCGAGUCUGUGGAGACGCGUCUGACCUCGGCGACGAGGCGCUUUCCCUCACGGGACCUUUUUCGACAGACCACGCGUCUCGAAGCAAGCUGAAGUUCCGAGGGGUCGGGGUACCGCCCCUCCGCGUGCCAAGUGGGAAGUCGGGAAGAGAGCACGAGACUCGGCAGUUCCAAGGCGUCUCUUUCGCUCCAAAGGCGGCUUCUGGGAUCCCCCUGCGUCGUCCGCCCCGGGGCGUCUCCCGGAACAGCGACUCGGACGCGAGAGGUCCAGCGACGACGGGACUCUCUCGCGAGUUUCCCUUCUCGCAGACUCCGAGCCCAGAGCUCGGGCCGCGGCUAGCCGACUUGGACGCGCACCUCUUUGCCUCGAGCCCUCUUCUCUCGCCUCGAGAGACGCGACCGAGCUUCCGGGGCGCAAGCGAUGCGUGCUUCGGCGAGGGGCGAGAACGAGAGAGAGACAACUGCGCUUGGCGCAACGCGCCUUCCGCGCCGCCACCCGCAAUUGUGAGAAAGAAUGGAGAAGCCGUCCUGAACGCGGAAGGCGCUGCGGCCCGACUCGCGCAAGAACUUCGAGUUUCGCCAGCGACCGCCAGAACCAAGCCGCUCGGAGCCCCAGGCACAAGAGAAAACACGCCUUUGAAACCACGGUGGAAAGGACCUUGA